UUGUUUUGCGCCACAUGACGUAUAAGAAACUUCCUCACGAAAUACAGUAAACAAAUCUACGGAUUAUAUUCGCUUGCGACAUAUCGAGCGCCGUGGCUUGCUUGAAAUUUGGAAAUUACGAAGCUUUCGGUUGAUAUCAUACGGUUUGGGCAUUAGAGCGGGUCGACAGGAGGGACACAAAGGAGGGAAUUGUAGGAAAAGCGCAGCGUGCCGCUUGUUUGUUUGGUUGAGUGCGCUCGGGCUUCAUGUCGUUGAGUUGAGCACGCUUUUCUUCUGGCGACAAUACUGCGAGCAGCGUUUGUCUUGAAGAAAUCAUAUUUUAUAUUUUAGACAUGGUGAAGCAGACCAAGGCCAAAACUUUCCAGGCCUAUCUGGACUCCUGUCACCGCCGCUACAGCUGCGUCCACUGCCGUGCACACCUGGCCAACCACGAUGACCUAAUUUCUAAGUCGUUUCAAGGCAGCCAAGGACGUGCCUACCUGUUCAAUUCUGUGGUGAAUGUGGGUUGUGGCCCAGCAGAAGAAAGGCUGCUGCUGACCGGUCUUCAUGCUGUAGCUGAUAUUUACUGCGAAAAUUGCCACACCACACUGGGCUGGAAAUAUGAGCAGGCAUUCGAGUUAAGUCAGAAGUAUAAGGAGGGGAAGUUUAUUAUUGAAUUAUCUCACAUGAUUAAGGAUAAUGGCUGGGACUGAAGCUGUCACCCUUUGCUUUAACUCGCUGUCACCGCUUGCAGCUUCUCCAAGAACGUCAUGAGAUAUGCUUUCUUUUUUAUAUAUAUAUAUGUAUAUCCAUCUAUGAUUACAUUUACUAUUGUGAGCACCUUUUUUCACACUUGUAUCCCAAUGCACCAGUUUUUCAGAGGGGGGAGUCUUGGGUGAUGUGUGUGUGUGUGUGUGUGUGUGUGUGUGUGUGUGUGUGUGUGUGUUUGUGUCUUUUAUACGUAUUUGGAGGUGUGCUUGUGUGUAAGGCAUGCUUGAAAGAAACUGUGCUACAAUUAUCAACCACUUAAAUCCAGUUUCAAAGAAUUCUUGAUUUUUGUUGGGAUUUUGACAUAAGCCCUCAAAUUCUCCCAUUUAAGUGCAAUUCAUGAGGUUUGGACAAUGCAUGAUCAAAAUGCAGAGAUCCAAUGCCUUUUUAUUCAAUUCAUUUUUACUUUAAAGAACGAGGUUUUUGUGAACGAGGUAGUGCAAGUAAAAUUGUUUUACUGUGUGUGUGUGUGGCUUUGAGUGGAUCAUGUGCAAUAUGUGUGUAUGUGAGAGAGUUUGCAUAAAGGAUGAUUCAUGCCUCCAAAUUCAGUCAUUUUGGUUGAAUUCAUCUUUUACUUUACCAA